CCCUCCCCAAUUCUCAAAACUGGGGGAGAAAGAGAAGCUUUCUCUCCAUGCUCCUUUUUAGGGAAUUGCCUGGCACAGACGCCAGGGGGACAGGCCAUCGGUGAGGAGGCUAGGUCCUAAGCUGCUCUAAGCCCAUUCCUGCACGGAGGAGGUGAGGCCUCUCGAUUUGCUCCCCUCCUGUCCAUGACACAGCUCAGCCAAGAAGCUCUGGACCCUUGUCAGACAGCUCUUUGAAAAGUUGCACCCAGGGCUCUUUGACCAGCCCAAGCUCCCUCAGAGCCAAAGGAAUAGUCAGCGCAGGGCCAGAACAAGCAUCUCCUCUGGGCCUGUCCUGAAGUCAUGACUCCCACCCAUAUCUUGUAGCUGGGGACAGAGCCAGCCAUGGCAGAGGAGGUAUGGGUGGGCACCUGGAGGCCCCAUCGUCCCCGGGGGCCCAUCAUGGCCCUCUACACCAGUCCUGGACCCAAGUACCUGAUUCCACCUACCACGGGCUUUGUGAAGCACACACCCACCAAGCUUCGAGCACCGGCCUACAGCUUCCGUGGGGCCCCCAUGCUCUUGGCGGAGAAUUGCUCCCCAGGGCCUCGCUACAGUGUGAACCCCAAGAUCCUGAGGACUGGCAAGGACCUUGGCCCUGCCUACUCCAUCCUGGGGCGCUACCAUACAAAGACCUUGCUGACCCCCGGCCCGGGUGAUUACUUUCCAGAGAAAUCUACCAAGCAUGUGUUCGACUCAGCACCCAGCCAUUCCAUUUCUGCCCGGACUAAGACCUUCCGAGUGGACAGCACUCCAGGCCCUGCCGCAUACAUGCUGCCUGUGGUGAUGGGGCCCCACACGGUGGGCAAGGUCUCCCAGCCCUCCUUCUCCAUCAAGGGCCGCAGCAAGCUGGGCAGCUUCAGCGAUGACCUGCACAAGACUCCAGGUCCUGCAGCAUACCGUCAGACUGAGGUUCAAGUGACCAAGUUCAAGGCUCCACAGUACACCAUGGCUGCCCGUGUGGAGCCCCCAGGGGAUAAGACCAUGAAGCCAGGACCAGGAGCCCACAGCCCUGAAAAGGUGACCCUAAACAAGCCCUGUGCCCCGACAGUCACCUUUGGCAUCAAGCAUUCUGACUACAUGACACCCCUGGUGGUUGAUGUGGAAUAGCUCCUGCUCUCCAUCCCAUCAGUCUGUGACUAGAUCCUCCCACAGAAAUGUGCUGGGCUGGCAAUGAUUGGGCACUUCACCAAUGGGGGCUGCUGCCAGCCUGGGCCUGCAUCACAGAGCACGCUAGUUUGGACGGUUUUGACAAGUUAUUUUUUUCUAUGCUAUCUCUUGUUUGUUAAUCUUGUUUCUUGCCAUGUCCAAAUUAUUAAAUAAACCACAGAUUGCA